CCCCAAAAGACUUAAGCUGUGACUGCCAUUGCUGGGUUGUUGCCUUUGCGAAGAUGAAGGAGUUUAUCUAUGUAUGGUGGCCCUAUCUUUUUGCAGUGGCCACAAUUAUGUUGCAAGCCGUGGUGGAUCCUGCUGAGUGCAUCUGGCCGCCCAAAUUGGAGCUUUCCGGUCAGCAAGCAGCGCUUUUGGCAAAGACUCCGGUGUGGCUCUGCACCGCGGGACCCACUCUGAUCGGACCGUUUCUCCUGAAUUUUAUGGCUCGGAAACGCAACCUUUCCGCCAUGGACCGGCAGUCCCUAAUGUGGUGGCAUGUCAAUGCCUGGUGGUUCCACACUGGCUGCGACGUCUUCAGCGGACUCUAUCAGAUCAUGCCGGUGCUGACAGAGUUGUACACGCACAUGAGUCCAGUUCAUGUGAAAGAACGUUGGCACCCGGAGCGUGAACACCUUGACUGCGCAUAUGGCUUGGAGCUUUUCGUGGAGGCACCAUUCGCCCUGUGGUUGGUGUACCUCUUCAUGACGCAGGACCAUCGGCGAUACCUCAUCGAACUUGCCGCACUGGGAAUCCAGUUCGCUGGCACUGUGGUCUACUAUUUGCCUGGCAUCAUGCGGCUCGAGCAUGCCUGUUGGCUAAGCCAUGCAGAUCGCUUCUGUGGUAGCUUUUGGAUCAUUUGGCCAACCUAUGUGUUCAUCCGCACGUUGAACAGAGCGAGGCCAGAAAAUGGCUCGACCAGUGGCAAGAAGUCAAAGCAGAAGUGAUCUGGACAUGACAUAGUUUGAGAAGAUGACAACACGUCAUUUUCCAGCCAGACCCAGGCGGAUUUCAGCUAUUUGAGCACCACGCUUGGUGCAAGUUGUACAGCAACUUGAAGUAAAACUCAGUCGCAACGCAACGGUUUUGAAUUGCUGCAUGAACAGCAAUGUUGCAAAAGUUUGACCUUCUGUAGUGACUCCAAUUUGAAACCCAUCAUCGAUCGCAACUUUCAAAAGUGUGAGCUUCGUGCGCCAUCAAGUGGUGAUUCUGGCUUAGCUCCACCUCGCUCCAUCCUGUU